AAACCUAUUGAAUUACAGGGUUCUUUAUUCUAUGUGUCACACAGACGGGAAAGAUUUUUUCCUCUCUCUGUAACUAUGUCAUAAAUGCUAGUUGUGAGUACGGGAGGUGAAGUGGAAUUUCUCUACCGAUUUUUAACUACAAAUAGUUGCAUAGAGAGAGAGAAAGAUAAUUGAUUGAGGACUAGUGUACAUGUACUGCUGUACAUAUACACGCACAUGUGUAUGUACGUACACAUACACAAACGUACAUGAUGAGACAAACAGUACCACGUGUAAACAUGUAUAUAUAAAUAAAUAUACGCAUGUAUCAAAACGGCUGUACACAUGGUAGCGGCGUGAUAAAAGUGCAGAAAACGGUGACUUGGAAAUUAUGGUACUCUUUUAAUAAAUUGUCUGGGAACUUACGAUACAUUAAGCAAUGUAUAAGUUAAUAAUUUCAUUAUUAUAUUCUUUUUCAGAAUUUUGUUCGGAGCUCACUUUAUUUUAAAAUAUUCUUUUAUUAGUAUGCCUUUAGGUGUUUAAAAUAAUUACUUUCACCGUUUCAGAUAAAUGAAAGAAAACACGCCCACCCUCUUUAAAUAGUUUCUUCUUAGUCUAUCUCACAGAAAGGGCGGUUCUUCUCCCAUGUUAGGAAAUGAAGCCAUAUCUUGAAAGAAUAAACAGAAAUAAAUAAAUAAAAAAAGAAAUGAGAAAAUGAGAUAAGAAAAAAAAAGAAGUCCGGUUUGCAGCGUUACUGACCUUGACCGUUUUAGAUUGGUGCCAUCAGGACGUAGUUCUCUUGUGAAGCUAUGGCACGAGGACAGGGUGAACAAGGCACUAAAAUCGAUUUCAAAUUUGAACGACUCUUUGAAUAUGACUCUUACCUUAAGGGCUAUGAAACUGAAAUAAAAAGGAGGGCUAAAAUCCUUCAAGAAACAGUUGAAGGAAUAUCUAAAAAUGAAGGAAGCCUUGAUGAAUUUGGUUUAGGAUUCAAAAAAUAUGGAGUCCACGUUAAAGAUGACAACAGUGUUGAAUGGCUCGAAUGGGCUCCAGGGGCAAAAGGAAUGUAUUUACGUGGUGAAUUUAUUGGUCAUUGAGAAAGAAAAUGGCGACUUUGUUGACCGUCUCAGUCCUUGGGCAACUUAUGUGGUCCGAGACAAACAGCUAGUAUUUGACCAAGUUUUAUGGAACCCUCCCACUCAUGAGAAAUACGCAUUUAAGCAUCCAAAUCCUCCUAAACCAAACAGGCUCCGCAUUUAUGAGGCACAUGUUGGCAUUUCAUCAUGGGAAGGUAAAGUCGCAAGCUACAAGUGGUUCACCUAUGAGAUAAUACCCAGAAUUGUAAAUCUUGGUUAUAAUUCAAUCCAAUUAAUGGCAGUCAUGGAACAUUCAUAUUAUGCUUCCUUUGGUUACCAAGUAACAAGUUUCUUUGCUAUCUCAAGUCGCUAUGGCACACCAGAAGAACUAAAAGAGUUGAUAGACGUAGCACAUUUUCAUGGAUUGGCUGUGUACCUUGAUAUUGUUCACAGCCAUGCAUCAAAGAACACGGAAGAUGGUCUAAACGGUUUUGAUGGUACUGCGUCUUGCUACUUUCAUGACAAUGGUCGAGGUUACCAUAGUCUUUGGGAUUCUCGACUCUUCAAUUAUUCAGAGUAUGAAGUCCUGCGGUUUCUUAUAUCCAACUUAAGAUGGUGGGUUGAAGAAUAUCACUUUGAUGGUUUUCGUUUUGAUGGUAUCACAUCAAUGUUGUAUCACACUCAUGGAAUAGGUCAUGGAUUUUCAGGUCACUACGAUGAAUAUUUUGGUUUGAACACUGAUACAGAAUCUCUGAACUAUUUAACCCUAGCCAAUUAUAUACUCCACCAGACAUAUCCUUUUAUGAUCACCAUUGCAGAGGAAGUAUCUGGAAUGCCUGGUCUUUGCAGGCCUGUAGAAGAAGGCGGCAAUGGUUUUGACUACAGAUUAGCUAUGGCUAUACCAGACAUGUGGAUUAAGCUCUUGAAAACACAAAGUGAUGAAGAUUGGAAUAUUGGUAGCAUCAUUCACAAUCUCACAAAUAUGCGUUAUGGAGAGAAAAACAUAGCAUAUACAGAGAGUCAUGAUCAGGCACUGGUUGGAGACAAAACCAUUGCUUUUUGGUUGAUGGAUAAAGAGAUGUAUACAUCUAUGUCUGUUAUGUCUCCACCUAAUCUGACCAUUGACAGAGGCAUUGCACUGCAUAAGAUGAUCCGACUCAUUACAAUUGGGCUUGGCGGUCAAGGAUAUCUUAAUUUCAUGGGUAAUGAAUUUGGCCAUCCAGAAUGGUUAGACUUCCCCCGUGAAGGAAAUUCUGAGAGUUACCAUUAUGCUAGGCGCCAGUGGAAUUUAGUUGAUAAUGACUUGUUGAAAUAUAAAUUUCUGAACAAUUUUGAUGCAGCAAUGUUAAAACUUGAAGAAAAAUACAGCUGGCUUAAUGAUUUUAAUUAUAUCAGCCUGAAGCAUGAGACAGACAAAGUGAUUGUGUUUGAAAGGACCGACAAACUGGUGUUUGUUUUCAACUUUCAUUCUGCCAACAGCUAUACCGAUUAUAAAAUUGGUGUGAAUAAUCCUGGAAAGUAUCGAAUUGCUCUUGACACAGAUGUUGAGGAAUUUGGGGGCCACAAGAGAUUAGAUCACAAUACUGUAUUCAGUACUUCUGAGGGAAGCCAUCACAAUCGAAAGUAUCAUUUAUUUGUUUAUAUUCCUAGCCGUUGUGCUUUUGUUCUGGAAAGAAUUGAUUGAGUAAUUAGUCUGCUGGAAACAGACAGUCGAGCUGCUGAGUCAAACACGAUUUUUAUAUUGUUCUACCUUGGGUCAAUUAACACUUUAUAGUAUUAAUAAUUCUUUGACGUUUUUUUGUUUUGUUUCCAGUGAGACUUACAAUAUUGUUUUCGUCUUUUUUAUGUCAAAUCAUAAGGGUGUUUUUUUUAUUAAAUUAAUUUAGAAUUUAUUUGAAUCGAACUUUUUAUUUUAUUUUUUUUUUUUUGUAUUAGCAAACCUUUUUAUUGGUUUCAAUCUGCGGCUGUGCUACAUGAUUUAAUGGUAUUUUUACAAUUUUUGUUUAAUUUUCAGUUUAAACUACGGUUAGGAAUUUUAAUUGGGGAUUUCAAAAAAUUUAUUCAUUUAGUUUAUUUCAGUGUUUUCAAUUUAGAAAUGAAGAUCCUAUUGCUAAAAGUAUGCCAGUCACAUAGAUUCUUGUGUGGCUCAGAUAACUUUUGAUGGCUGCUCAUGAUCCAUUAGAAACGUUGAAAUAUUUCAUUAACUACAGUUUACCCUCAUUAGAAUAUGAAUGAAGUGAUACAAAAAAGUAGUGCUUGAGAUCUCUUCAGUUCCUACAAUGCUGGGAAAAUAUAAGAUGGUUAGGUACAGUUAGCGUAGUUCAAUUAAUGCUGUUCAAUUCAGAGAUAGGCACAUAUUUGUUCUUGAAGGUGGAGAUGGGGUUGGCUUUUGCUUGAAAUUAUCAAAUCAAUACCCAUGUUCUGUUUUUAUAUAUAAACUGAAAUUCGAGAGUGAAUUUUAAAUGAAACUGAAAUUCUAUUUUUAAAAAAAUAUUAAUUUUGAAUACCAUCAAGGAAAAGGUGUUUUUUUUUUUUUUUUUCCAAUUUUUAUUUAGGCAAGAAAUUCAAUUCCAGAUUCACCCUCAUUUCUAAUUUUGGCUUAUGAGAA